AAAAAAAAAAAGAAGAGACCAAACCCUUUUGUCUUAACGAUUCAAUCAAACUCUCUCUGUUGUCCGAAUGUCUAAAAGACACACAAUGCCUCCUCUCUCUCCUUCUUCUUCUUCUUCUUCUUCACUUUGAUAAUUCCUGUUUCCAAUUCUGCCCUCGCUCUUUCAUCUUAUCUUCAUCUCUGUCCUCCCCACAUCUCCGCCGUCGAUUGCUUCUCCCAUUUUCCACUCUCUGGACGGUCCGGAUUGCUUGAUCGUGGAUUCUCGGAGCUAUGGAGCCCCGAGUUGGAAACAAGUUUCGACUUGGCAGAAAGAUCGGUAGUGGAUCGUUCGGAGAGAUCUAUCUCGGUACUAACAUUCAGACCAAUGAGGAGGUUGCAAUUAAGCUUGAAAAUGUCAAGACAAAGCAUCCUCAAUUGCUGUAUGAAUCGAAGCUGUAUAAAAUACUACAGGGAGGAACUGGAAUUCCGAAUGUGAGAUGGUUUGGCGUUGAAGGAGACUACAAUGUUCUUGUGAUGGAUUUAUUAGGACCCAGUCUUGAAGAUUUAUUCAACUUUUGCAGUAGGAAAUUGUCCCUUAAGACCGUACUUAUGCUUGCAGAUCAGAUGAUCAAUCGAGUUGAGUUUGUUCAUUCCAAGUCAUUUCUACACCGAGAUAUAAAGCCAGACAACUUUCUUAUGGGUUUAGGAAGGCGUGCAAAUCAGGUGUACGUCAUUGACUUUGGUCUGGCUAAGAAGUAUAGAGAUGCUUCAACCCAUCAACAUAUUCCUUAUAGAGAAAAUAAGAAUUUAACAGGAACUGCAAGAUAUGCAAGCAUGAAUACUCACCUUGGCAUUGAACAAAGCCGCAGGGAUGAUUUAGAAUCACUUGGAUAUGUUCUUAUGUAUUUCUUAAGAGGAAGUCUUCCUUGGCAGGGACUGAAAGCAGGAACUAAGAAGCAAAAGUAUGAGAAGAUCAGUGAGAAGAAAGUUUCAACUUCCAUUGAGGCUUUAUGUCGUGGUUAUCCUACAGAGUUUGCUUCAUACUUCCAUUACUGUCGUUCUCUACGAUUUGAUGAUAAACCGGAUUAUGCGUAUCUCAAAAGACUCUUCCGUGACCUUUUCAUUCAUGAAGGCUUCCAGUUUGAUUACGUGUUUGAUUGGACCAUUUUGAAAUAUCAGCAGUCCCAGAUUGCCACUCCACCUGCUCGUGUUCUUGGUCCUGGUGCUGGACCCAGCUCUGGCAUGCCACCAAUAGCUGCAAAUGCUGAUAGACAAUCAGGUGGGGAAGAAGGUAGACUUACCGGUUGGUCAUUGUCAGAUCCCUCUCGCAGGAGAAACUCUGGGCCAGUUGUGAGUGCUGGAAACCUUUCUAAACAGAAAAGUCCAGCUGCAAAUGAUCCAAUUUCAUCUAAAGAUGCUGUGUUAUCAAGUGCUAGUUUCUUGCGGUCAAGUGGAUCAUCAAGGCGACCUGCUGUCUCUAGCAGUCGUGAUGCGAUAAUUAGCGGUGAAGGUGACCUUUCUCGCCUGAACACUACGGAUGCAAGCCCAGGAACUCUUCGUAAGAUUUCUAGUGGGCAAAGAAGUUCACCUGUUGUAUCAUCAGAGCACCGUACAUCUUCUGGUAGAAAUGCCUCACAUGCAAAGUACUUUGACUCCACUCUUAGGGCUAUUGAGGGCAUGCACAUUAAUAAUGAUUAGAGGGUACAGUAUUAUCAGCACACCCAUUUUCAUUGCCUUGAAGGAUCUAGAGGGCAGGGGAAGGGUACAAUCCGCACACAACACCUCCUCCUCCCCUCCCCUAAUCCAAUUCUCCCCCUUAAACACAACAAAAGAAACUGCAUUGUUGUUGUAUUUUUUUAUAAUGGUUUCCCACUUUGCCUUUGUUUUUUGUUUUAUUUGGUUGUAGUUCCCUUCAAACCAAAGGCAAAGCUCAAAAUACACAAAAACCAGUGCCUUAUUGUGUGUAAAUAAGCGUAGACAGUAAUGUUUUAAGGUUUUGAUGCACAGACAGUGAUCUGGUGUGGUUCCACAUUUGGUUCCUUAUGUAAUAUCUUUCAAUAUAAGUAUCCCACUCUAUGCAAGUA